AUGGAUAGAACGGGGUCAUCAGCAUUGACUCUGGCGAUCACCCGCAAGAAUAACACGUUGGUGGCGUUGCUGCUGAGCAGCGGAGCUUCCCGCGCAACGAUCUCGAAUGAAAUGUGGUUGGAAUUGCAAGUGGCGUCUUGGAUUCGCCUCGACGUGCGGCAGAUGCUGUCGCCUGACUGGGCAGUGGUGUGGAGUCCGGCAUUGCAUCGACACUUCUCAUCAGGAGAGCGGGAGAAAUGCCGGCUGGUUAUAUACGCGAACGCCUGGAAGGACGAGGCAAUGCAGCAACUCUGGCGGGUGGUUGCAGCCUUGUCACGCGCAACCAAGGCGGAUGAAAAUCACGUCCGGUGGCGAUACCUGGCGCCGCCGUUGAUCUUCCACAUCCUCGAAUAUGCCGUAUUCCUCUGGUGA